CCGGGGACGUGGCUCCCAUCCGGCCCCCGCCCCGGCGCGGCGCGUCCUCCCUCGGGUUGUCGCCGCGGCGGGGACAGGGACGUGUGGCCGCGAGCGUCCGGCUCAUUCAUUUGCAGCCCGUCGCCAGCAGCUCGGGGCUCAGGACGCGGUCACACCGGGGAGGAGGAGGGACGGGGCUGCCUUUUGUUUUGGGUGCGGGUUUUAUUUUGGGGGGGGGUGGGGAGAGGCACUUAUGAUGAUGUGAGAACAGUGACAGCCAGCCCCAGGCCGCCCACACCGGCUCCCAAGCUGCUGUCCCCAAGGAAGGGGACACUUGCUUUCUGGGAGUGGACCCCUGGCCGUCCUGAACCCCCCCCCCCCCGGCUGCGCCUGGGAACCGACUCCACUGUCAUGUCUUAUUGCCAUCUUUUAUUUAUUGAUGUUGCCUCCAGUCUCGCCUGCUCCCGCAUGACCUCAAGAUCAUGUUCACGUGUGUGGUGACAGUUGCAGAGAUUCGGCUGUUUAGUGUCGCUGGGUUUGGCGUGUGGGUUUGGAGUCUACACUGAACUUUUCGAGUCCUUGGGUUCCCUCCCAGGCUCAGCUCUUAACGGAUCUCAAAAGCCCUGGGAAAUAUUUGCAAGAAACUUCGCAUUAUUGAAAACACUUGUUCUUACCGUAACUAGAACAGCAACAACCUGGCAGGGUGAAAGGCCAUGGAAGAUGUUUUUCUGCAGCACAGAGAGGUCACGGGCGUGGAAAUCCAAGAGACCUGAGGCCGUCUGGCGCUGUAUUCUGAGAUCCGGGUGGCGGCCAAGGUGUCUAAAGCCCGUGCAGAAGAGUGUACGGUCACCUCGCCUUCCCUUCCUGUAGUAGCCCCUCGCCGUGCAUGACUCAAAAGCCCAAGAGCUAUCAUCCUCUGGCCCUGUAUCCACUCUUCUCAGAAAGGAUCUGCUACGAGACUGGGAGCGUCAACUGCUGCAGGGACCAAGGUGGUGGGAUUUGCUGCCGUCUGGAAACGGUGGCUGGGUUCUGCAGCGAGACUGAAAUACCGCCUUCCUAAAUCGAGAACAGCUGGGGCAGUGUCGCCAGCGGGUAUAAGAGAGCUGGCCCUGGUGGUGCUCAGUGCUGGCAAGAAGACUGCACUCUGGGGCCUGCGGAGCUCCAGCCCAAGGCACCCUGUCCUGCUGGUGUCGUGGUGGGUGAGACAGUAACAUCUUUUGGGGGAACGAAUCGGCUUCCUCUCCUGAAAGCGGCGAGCGUGUGGCAGACAGCUGAGGAGGGACAGCUCGCGGGCGGCCGCCUACUAUGUCGUGUAGCAGCACACCAGGUUCAUUGUGACAGUCCGGAUGGAUCUUGGAAACAGAAGGGUUUGAGACAGUGAAAUCUGCACAAAGAACAAGGACUUCACUCUCUCCCUGAUCCGAAGGCUGGGGGGACAAUGGAUGUCAUCAUAGAGACAGCAAAACUGGAGGACAAUAUGGAAAAUCAAACCAACGAGGCCACCAACACUUACACGGGGCCUGCGGAGCCUGUGGAGGAGGAAAACAAAAAUGGCACCGGGAAAGCCAAGACCCUGCCCCCGGGGCUGCGGAAGGGGGCCAAGAAGUACCCGGACUACAUCCAGAUUGCUAUGCCCACCGAGUCGCGGAACAAAUUCCCCCUGGAGUGGUGGAAAACGGGCAUAGCCUUGGUGUACGCGCUGUUCAACCUGGUCCUCACGACAGUCAUGAUCACAGUCGUGCACGAGAGGGUCCCUCCCAAGGAGCUCAGCCCUCCGCUCCCCGACAAGUUUUUCGAUUACAUCGAUCGGGUGAAAUGGGCAUUUUCUGUAUCAGAAAUAAACGGGAUCAUAUUAUUCGGAUUAUGGCUCACCCAGUGGCUGUUUCUCAGAUACAAGUCAAUAGUGGGUCGCAGAUUCUUUUUUAUCCUUGGGACUUUAUACCUGUACCGCUGCAUCACGAUGUAUGUCACUACCCUCCCUGUGCCCGGGAUGCACUUCCAGUGUGCCCCGAAGCUCAACGGAGACUCUCAGGCAAAAAUACAGCGGAUUCUGCGGUUGAUCUCUGGGGGCGGAUUGUCCAUCACGGGCUCACACAGCUUGUGCGGAGAUUUCCUCUUCAGCGGCCACACGGUCUUGCUGACGCUUACGUAUUUGUUCAUCAAAGAAUACUCCCCUCGUCACUUCUGGUGGUACCACUUGACCUGCUGGCUGCUGAGCGCGGCCGGGAUCGUGUGCAUCCUGGUGGCCCACGAGCACUACACCGUGGACGUGGUCAUCGCCUACUACAUCACGACACGGCUGUUCUGGUGGUACCAUUCGAUGGCCAACGAAAAGAACUUGAAGGUCUCUUCACAGACUAAUUUCUUGUCUCGGGCUUGGUGGUUCCCCAUCUUUUACUUCUUCGAGAAGAACGUCCAAGGCUCAAUUCCUUGCUGCUUCUCCUGGCCCCUGUCCUGGCCUCCUGGCUGCUUCAAAUCAUCGUGCAAAAAGUACUCGCGGGUGCAGAAGAUCGGGGAGGAUAACGAGAAAUCUACCUGAGAAGCAGAACAAAGGCAUCAGCUCUUCCACCAAAAGAGUUAACGCUACAACCAAAGGUAUUGUCUUGUUCCUUUAAUUUUAGGAGAACUGACUGGCAAAGGAAGAAGUGGACCAAAUUUUGUGCAAAGGAUUAGAAAGAUGAACAAAGUAUUACCCUUUGACCGGCAUUUUUUUUAUUCAUCCCGACAAAGAAAUGCUCUCCUGCAGCUCCUCCUUCGUGGGUGACAAGCCUUCCAGCUGGGAUUUGACGGAGGAGUUUGUUGAAGGUGCCAAAGAACAUCCUACUCCUUUCUCGAUUCUUUCUCCACUCCGACCCUCUACUAAAGAAUGUUUUCAGGAUUUUUUUUUUUUUUCCUCCCGAGGUCAGAAGAAUUUGUUAAUGUUUUAAAUAAAAUAUCUGGAUGUGUCCAGCCGCUGUGUAAAUGGAAAUGAAGUGAUGUUGAGAAUGACCUGCUUGGGCUUAGUGAGUGGGGAGACCCAGGGGUCGUAGGUCAAGUUCGGUGAACUCUGUUUCUGCCCGGUUGCCCAGGCCGGGGCUGGGGCUGGGGUCAUGCAUGGUGGCUGCCACCCGAUGCACUGUGUGUCACUUUGACUUGUUUUGGUUUUAACUGAUGACUUUAUUUUAAGAAACAAAGGCGAUCCAAGUAAACAGGAAAGUGUUUGGCACAGGUGCAUGGAUUUUACAUAUGCGUAAAAUAGUUUGCUUUCAAAUCUCUAUGACAGAUAUCCAGGGAACACGGGCUAUUUCUGCUAAUCGGUGGGUCCUGUGUGCACGCUGAGUUGCUGUCUGCCUGGGUCGUUUGGAUCUGGUACCCCCACGGCCACCUGUCCGAGCACGGGAUGAAACGUGGGUAUCACCCGAUGCUCACGCAACCUGGGGACAAGCCUGUUUCCCUUCCCGGUCGGGCUCUGUUUUAGGGCUUCUCAUUGGAACUCAGAAAUAUAUCUGGUCACAUUUCGUUGAAGUCACUUUCUUCCCAGUUAUAUUGUGCUUUAUGGAAAAACCAAGGUGGAGCCCAAGAGUUUAAUGUACGCUUGCCUUUUAGCAAGGGACUCAGUUGCUCAUAAACUGGUCCUGAGGACAUCUACCACGACUGAAUGAUUUCACUUCUACGCUGGGAAAAUGACAACAUGGUGCUUCACUAUAAUACCCUGUUGGACUCAGUGCGUUAGCUACAGCUACACAGUCGAGGGGGGAGGAUGAUUGUCUCUAAAUUUCUUUGAGGUGAUGCAGAAAAGAUGGAUUUAAAAAAAAAUCUGAUAAGGUUUAAUGCUAUCAGAUUUAGUGCACUAUUUAAUGCUGUUGAAUCUUUUGGCUAAUUCUUGGCUUCAUUUCUUAACUACUUGAAGGUUAGUUUGCAAGACUUCUAUAAUAGUAACCUUAGAGAGAGUUUUAAGGUUACAAAAUCAUCAACACCAGGGCAGAGGGUGGAGGUGCCCGGGGCGGUGGAAGAGACUGUUAGGUUUAUACUGAAGGAGAAAUUUUCCCUUCACUUAGAAUGGAAAACAUCCCGAAAUUUAUUGUGAUAGUCAGCUUUGAUUAUGCAAAAUUGACCUUUAAAUUGCUUGAGAAAAGCACAAUGCAAAUCUGUUCACAAGAGUCAUCAUCCUUUGGUGCUAAAAUUCUGUGUAUGUUUUCAGAAUGGCUCUUUAUGUCAUAGAAUAACCACUAAAGGAAGGGUAGUUUGAAUUCAAAGGCACGAAACAAGACUCUCUAAUCUGAUUUUCUGAACAAGAAUUGAAACCCCAGGUAUCCUUGGCAGGCUUUGAAACUCAAGGAUUUUUUCCAGUAUUUCUUGACUGAAUAAACCAAUAAUAAACCUAUCCAGUUGACUUGAUGAGUUUAGACAUAAUUCCAUAUAAUUUUCACUUGUGUUCAUUUACUAAAUAGCAACAGUUGUGCUGGAACAAGAUGUUCUGCUUGAAAACACUCAUUUUAAGUUCCUCCUUUCUGAUGCUAAGAAAAAUCAUCUCCCACUAGAAGCCUGGGUUUUGCUCUCCUAACACCGGUGGUUUCCUUGAGCCUCUAAUUCAAAUGAAACCAUUCGCUGUACCUUAGAGCCUUAUUCAGCUGUGUCUUGGAUAACCUGCUUUUCUUCGCUUGAAUGAGGAAAAGUGUUUAAGCUUUAAAAAAAAAAAAUCAUUGUGCAUUGACUAUUGGACACCUUGAGACAGUAAGCCUUGCGUUGUAGUCAGGUAAUCCCGUUUUUUAGAAAAUAAUACCAUCACCUUUUAAAGAAUUUUAAAAACACCAAUGAUGCAGACACUGCUGCUCCCGGGGUCUUUACACGUAUGUGUCACAUACACGUAUGUGUCGUGGCCUCUAGCAGAUGUAAAGGAGGCACAGGGUUUGACACUGAGGAGGAGACGGGAGUCAAAACUUCAAGAUGAGAAAAAUAAGAGAAACAGCAAAACUCAUUUGCACGUAGGAAAGCAAACAAACUUGACAUUGAACCCGACGUGCCACUUUGGGAUCUGAAACACUUUUCAUCUUGCCUUUAAAACGGUGCAUCCUUGGAGCGCACCUUUUCCUUGCCAAUUCAGAUAUAGAUCUUACUUAUCAUCCUUGUUUCUGUAAGUCUGUGCUCCUCUGUGCAGUUUUUCCUGUAAUUUAGUUUCUCUGUGAAAUAAUGCUCCCAAAUGGAAAUGAAGUUCUCUCAGAUUCUAUUUUUUGAGCUUCUCCACUAGAUCUGAAAGUAAAGCCCUCUUCCCUAGUUGCACCUGAAGCCAUUGUGAAUUUGCUGUUUGAUUUCCUGGCAUCUUGGCCUUGCUGCAGGAGGGAGGAGGUCUGGGCAGUGGUUUGCAGAUGGCAGCGCGUGUGGGUUCGUUACCGUCUUACCACUGCCCCCUUGUGGCAACAUGUUGCAGGACUUGGAACGUAAACACUUUUUAAAAUGUUAUUUUCAAGUUUUUAAAAGGCAUUUGUUUCCCCCCUCCCUCCCCCCCAGUAAUCUGGAAGUAUCAUGUGAAAGGAAUUAUUUUAAAAGCAUUUUAAACCUUCCCCCAAAGGAAUAUGUGUUCAGAUUAUUAGGGAGUCACAAUUCUAAUCUUUUAUCCAUUUGAUCAAAGAAAAUUUGCGUGACAUUUUUACCUCUCACGAUCACAAUCGUUACAGUCUCCCUUUAUAACUACCUGUACUUUGUUUACUUCGAAACACCAAGGUGGCUGUCUUUAGGGUUUUUUUUUUUUAUUUACAUGCUACAACUCACGCAGUUUCUUUUAAUCGAAAAGUUCUCAUCUUGUUCCUUGAAUAUUUUGAACAUUUCUUUCUUAAUUUUUUGUUGUUUUUGUUUUGCACUGUAAAACUGAUUAAAAAAUGUAAGCUGGUCUUAACACACUCACCUCGGUCGUGUAAGAAAGUGUGAGAAGGAAUUUCUUAAUAAAUGAGUUUACAUGUUUAAGGCAAGCCUAUUAUAAAUUAUAUGCCAUGUGUUGAAGGCUUUUCUAUUUGUAUAUAUAAAGAUCCUUGGUAUUUUUUUUAAUGUCCUUGUGUUGCAGUAAUUUAAUUCCUUUGACUAAGUUGCUAAAAAUAUUUCUUCUAUUAAGAAGUGCUCUUGACUUCAAUACCCAAAUACUGAAAAUCAUGUCAAAGGUACCCAAAGAGAAGUUUUUGUACAGAUGCACACAUUGUAAGUUCUGAUUUAUUUUAUUACUCAUUACUCUAUGCUAUAUUCUAAAUGAAUCAUGAAAGAGAAGAGUGCUUUAUUGUGGAAUUAUUUAAAACUGACCUAUAAAAGAAAAAGAAGAAACUAUGGGCAUAAGCUAAUCUAGUUGCCAAGUUGGAAUGCAUUAUUUAAUUUACCUCCUAUGCAAUGAUUAAUGCUGCAAAGUGUCUGGUUACGUUACAGUAUAUUCACAAAAGAAAAAGGUUCACAAAACAAGGUUUUGAGAGGUAGCCAAUUGCAUUCUUUUGGAAAUUUACUGUACUGUUUCAAUGUGUUAAGUGCCUUGUUGUAAAGUAAAAUUUUAAGUCUAGAAUUCAUUAUUUUCCUGACAUAUAUUUUUCAUUAUGAUAUCUACUGUAUGCUAUUGUAAUAGUUUUAUUAAAUGCUUACAUUUUAAUCAAACAUGUAAAUGUCAGAAGCUGUUUUCUCCUUCCCACCAGUACCUUAAAUCACUGGUCUGUCGUAUGGAAUUCGAAUUCAGGUUCUUUUGUUUUUUUAGUAAAAAGGAAAUUAUCUUUGUUCAGAAAUGCAUUUUCCAUGUUUGUGCUUUUGUGUUUGUAAAAACAUUUCAGGAGGAAUUUAGGAGUGUAAAUAUAGUUUAUACUUCUAAAGUGUUGUCUUACAUUUACAUUUUUAAGUGCCUAAAUGUUAGUUAAAACUAAUUUAUGUUUCUUUUCUAAAGAGGAUAUGUGUUCUUGGUUUUUAAUCUUUCAUUUUGCUUUAAAAAAAAAUGCAAAAGCCUAUACUUUGUAUUUACGCAAUAAACCACGGUGACAGCAACAGUC